UAUCGGCUUAUGCCGCCGGCCUCUGAUUGGUUGGCGGCGCCGGUCGCCCCGAGCGUGGGGUCAGGCUACGCCCUUCCAGACCUUGCCUGCUUGCUGACAGACGCGGUCCAGCAGCUGGAGCAGCCGGGGCCCCGCAGGAAUCGAGUCGGCAGCCGGCGGCGGACCCUCUCUAGGGGCUAAGAUGGAUCUUGUACUCAAUGCUGCAGAUUAUUAUUUUUUUACACCAUACAUAUAUCCAGCCACAUGGCCAGAGGACAGCAUCUUCCGACAAGCUGUCAGUCUCCUGAUUAUAACAAAUCUCGGUGCUUAUAUCCUUUAUUUCUUAUUCGCAACGCUGAGUUAUUAUUUUGUCUAUGAUCAUUCAUUAAUGAAACACCCGCAAUUUUUAAAGAACCAAGUCUAUCGAGAGAUUAUGCAUUCUGUCCAGUCAGUGCCAUGGAUAAGCAUCCCCACGGUCUCAGUGUUCCUGCUAGAGGUGAGAGGUUACAGCAAACUAUAUGACAGCAUAGAGGAGUUUCCAUACGGCUGGUUUCGAUUAAUUGCUAGUGUACUGUCCUUUCUCUUUUUCACUGACAUGCUGAUCUACUGGAUUCACAGAGGCCUUCAUCAUAGACUUGUAUAUAAGCGCUUACACAAACCUCAUCAUAUCUGGAAGAUUCCAACUCCAUUUGCAAGUCAUGCUUUUCAUCCUCUGGAUGGCUUCCUUCAGGGUCUACCUUACCACAUAUACCCAUUUAUCUUCCCAUUACACAAGGUAGUUUAUUUAGGUUUGUACGUCCUGGUCAAUAUCUGGACAAUUUCUAUUCAUGAUGGUGAUUUUCGUGUUCCUCAUAUCUUCAGACCAUUUAUUAAUGGCUCAGCUCAUCAUACAGACCACCACAUGCUCUUUGACUAUAACUAUGGACAGUAUUUCACAUUGUGGGAUAGAAUUGGAGGCUCAUUCAAAAAUCCCUCCUCCUUUGAAGGGAACGGACCACUUAAUUAUGUGAAGAAGAUGACAGAAGAAAAGCGCAACAGCCAUACAGUAAGUGGUUGUAACAAUGAAAAAUUAUUCAAUGGAGAGUUUACAAAGGCUGAGUAGAUUAUUGCCCAAUUAUUAAAUAUUUUUAACCAAGGAAAAUAAUCUACAGCCAGGACGCAUAGCAAGUGAAAAUCAGUAUUAUGGGUACAGGUAAGGAACGACCAUAAUGGUAGAACAAGGGAACAUGCCGUGAGCACCAUGACUUUAACCUCGUGCUCAAAAUACUGAAUGUUGGUCUAAGGGAGAACUUGUGUCUUUCCAGCCAGUAGAUCUGUAAUUUGUAUAGCCUCAACAACAGUUUUUUAAAAGGUAGAGGAUAAAUUAUUGAGGGGACUAGGUUAUGUCCUUUUGCCUUAAUUCAUCCAUAUUCAUUAAGUAAAAUUCAUUGUGCUUAAUGAUAUCAAGACUAAACACCAUAACAAAGAAGUACUAAUAUGAAGAUGGUUCCUUGUUUCAGGAAUGAUUAAGUACUCAGAAUUGGUAUGGUAACAUCUACUUGUACUUUGUGGAAGUGGAAAAAUCAGUGUGAAAAAAAAUCGUGAUAUAAUGUAUUAGUAGCUCAGUGACCUGAUUAAUAGCAGGUGUUAUAAGAUUAUUGUCUUCCUACACAUAGAAAACUUAUUCUCUGGAGAGAUUGUCAACUGUUACGUUUUACUGAUGAACAAAUAAAUUGGAAUUUUAGAAAAUAUUCAUACUACCAUGAUUUAAUACAGAUCUGGGAUUAUUUAAAGAUUUUGAUGGUUAUUGUUUUCAACCAUUAUUUAAUAAGUGUAAAAUUAUAUGACCCUGAUUAUAUUUAGAAAGGGAAAUUUGAUGCCCAAAUAAUAUAUUAGACACCACUGGUUUUUUAAUUAAAUUGAUGCACUGCACUUUUGGUAUGUUUCAAAGUUACAAUCCUGUGAUUUUCUAUAAAAGGAAAUAAUUGCCAAAUAUUUAGGCCUAUCACUGAAGAUUAGUUUUGAAAUCUUAUUUCCCCUCUUCUUUCUUCAUUUUUCCCCACUCCCUCUGCAAAAAGAUUUAACAAAUACUUUCAUAAAGAAAUGUCAUGUGUUGUAACAUAAAUAUGUUGGGAAAACAUGGUUUCCAAAGGCAUUCUCUAAGCUG